CCGGCCGGACGGCCGCCCCCUGAAACCCGGUUAGGGUUAGUGUUUGAUCAAUUGAACCUACGAGCUGGAGCCUCCGCCGAUCGCGGAGCUCUUCUCUUCGAUCAUGGGGGACGAGCACGCAGAGAAGCCCCAGGUCCCCGAGGGAGGCGGGCUUGUGGCCGAGGAGGUUCCGUCCGAGAGCGGAAGCGGCACUGAGAAAAGGGGACGGGAAGAGGACGACGAGGAGGACUGUGGUUUGAAGAGACAGAAGGUGGAGGGGUCUUGGGAAGAAGAAAAGACGGAUGGAGUUGACGGAAAGAGGGAAGGUGGAGGCGAUCUGGAGGUGAGCGGGUGUGGGGACGGGAGGGAAUCGGAGGCAGCGAAUGUCGGGCCGAAGGGAUUUAAGUCGUCCGUGGAGAUGUUUGAGUACUUCUUGAAACUUCUCCGUUCCUGGUCGCCCGAUCUGGAUAUCAACAAGUAUGAGCACAUGGUACUGCUGGACUUGUUGAAGAAGGGGCAUCCUGAACCUGCUAAGAAGAUUGGAGCAUGAAUUGAGGCAUUCCAGGUGCGGAACCACCCAACAUUUAAAAGUCGAUGUUUCUUCCUUGUUCGGGCUGAUGGAACUAGUGAUGAUUUUAGCUUCUGUAAAUGUGUGGAUAUGAUACUCCCGAUGCCUGACCAUUUGAAAGCCCAGUCAACUUCAGAUAAUGGUAGGGUUUUUUAUCACAAAAGAGGCAGCCAUCCAAGGGGAGGUGGCAGAAGCCGUGGUAGAGGCUAUGGAAAGAGAGGUAGUUCUGGGAAAUGAAUCAUAUAUUUUUUGCUUCUUUUCUUUGAAGUAAAAAAUAUCAUAUGAUCUAAUUUCCCUAAAAGGACCGUUUAUGGCGCAUGUGUUGAGUUCUAUAUAGUUUUGCUAAAAGGACCGCACAUGCGUUAAGUUCUAUAUAACAGAACAGAAAACAUCUUUCUAUUUUGUAUGGAUUUUAUUUAUGACAUGUCAUGCAUAAUUUUGAUAUCAAUGUCCGAAAUUUUGGUUUGUGUUACAUUUUCAUAAUCUCUUUACAUGGUCGAUACCUUUUCUGUUUGAUAUUGCUGUAUGUUGUAUCAUCAAGAGCAAUUAUAGCCAUUUGGAAUCUUCUCAAUGUUGAACAGGUUAUAAACAAAAGACAUUAUCCUUUAGAAAUUGGAUGGUGAUAGACACCCUUAAUGUCUCUAAAUCUGAUCUCUAUGUUUGUUGGUAGUGCUAAACUCCUUGUGUCCGUCCACAUGGUCAUGUGCAUGACUGGAACUGGAUGUCAUUUUAAGUUCACAGGAUUCUACAUGGCUUUCUGCUACUGAUUGCUUCCUUUUGCUUCCAGGAUCUAGUGGUGUUUGAGAGCUAUAGCAGUAUCAGAUUAAUGUGCAGUCUCCAAUGAA